AUGCUAACGGUGGUGCAGCGGGUUGAUGCACCGCCUCCUUACGACGGUACCAGAGCCGAGUCAUCGGGUGCUCCCUCUGCGGCGGCUCCUUCUCCGCCUCCACUUUCACCUCCCCCUCGGCCUCUACCUGUAUUCAGGCCUACGACCAAGCAGUGCGUGAACUACCUGUCGCUGUUUUCCCGGAACGACGCAAUUUCCGGGACAUACCUCGUUGAUCCUUUGCUUUCUGCUUCUCCCUUUGAGGGCAUAUUUGCCUGCCGCGAUAAACGCAAGGCCCACAAGCGGGAUCGCUCCAUCGAACGCGAUCAUGCGCGCCACUUGCGCGAUGCUUUCGGCACCAUUCCAAAUGUCGAUGAGAAGGACCCCGCCAGGCGUUGUGAGGUCAACGCAGCGCUCAGAUCCCGCAACGGUGCAAUCAACAUCGAUCUGGCAAUUGCGGAUUCCGGCACCGGUCGUAUCGUCAAUGGCCAGGAAACGACGGUGUGCGGGAGGGUUAUGUUGUCCAGUCGCCACGGCCGCAUCAACGUGAACCUCUUCGAAGUCCAACUCGGUCGUGCCGUGGACUUGGACGUUUCCACUCGUUCGGGCAGCAUCACCGUCUUCCUGCCGCCCACCUUCAACGGCGCCAUCGCUCUGCACACCCGUAACGGCUCCAGGGGCGUGCACUUCCUGCCCGCCUUCGCCGAACGCGCAUGCGUCGUGCGCUCUUCCGAACGCGACUUGCUCGUCGCUGUCUCCUCCCCAGAGCGUCCCGCCAACCCUCCCAGCCAGUACGGUGCGCCUUCUGCGGGCACCGAUUACUGCGUCAUCAGGACGCGCCAUGGCAAGAUCACCAUUGGGCUCAGCGGCGUGGACAUUGCGCCUGUUCUGAUGAGGACGGGAGGGCUUAUGGGACAGUUUGAAGCGCUUGUGGAGGCGGGCCAUAAGCAGCUCGAGACGAUGAUUGAGGCCGGUACCAAGGCUAUCGAGACUGCUUUGAUUGGCCGACUUGAGGCUGGCGGCGUUGCAUCCGCACGCCCAGCUCCGUAUGCCCCGCGAGGAGGCCUGUAG